GGGGGGGGGGGGGGGAAUUUGCAUGUUGCUGGGAAAAGAGGGGAGGCUGAUAGAUGCGGGGCUGGCGAAGCCAGGUCGAGCGAUUUGGGGAGGGGAUUGGAGAGGAGCGCAGAAAGCGAAAUUGAAGGGGAUUUGCGUACCUCGUCAGCCAUGGUGAAUGAUGUUGGGUAAGAAGGAGAUAGGGGGGAGAAGGAAAGAAUGUAGCAAAAAUGGUGGGUUGGAAAGAGGAGAAGUUUUCUUCGACAGAAAAAGGCUUUGUGGUGGGGGGCUUAGUCGCUACGUCCUGAUUGGGUUUAGUGCCUCCGGGGUGGUUGGAAGGGCCAGUGGGCUCUCUCUAUCUCUCUGUCCUUACGGGGCCCUUAGCUGAGAGCGAGAGAGCGAGAGGUGAAUGUGGAUGAACUCGAGAUAUAUACUCGUGCUUUCCUGACCUCCUCGUUACCAUCUCAAUUGGCCUCCACUUUACUCUCAUGCGCUUUCUCAACAAUGUGGCGCGACCGCAUUUCCGGCCAGUCGACUCCCUCCAGCGCGAAUCGCGCGCCCUCACUACCCCGGAGAUCCUCUUCCCAACUAUCUCGCGGACCCUAUAACAAUCGACCGGGCACAACCUCAAAAACCUCAUCUACACCGCUACUACUAACUCCGAGCGACUCGACGACUUCACUUUCGGGGGGUGGACGAGGACCCAAUGGCACCGGGUUAAGGCAAACAAGCGGACAACGGCCCCGUCCGGCCACCGUUGAGGACCCAUUAGAGGUAUUGAACGGGAUUAUUGGCAUGCGCGAGUCGGGAAAAGGUGAUUUGGAAUCAUCGACUCAGCCAGAAUCAAAGCCGUCAGAGCUGAUUGAGACGAUUGAGUUUGAUGGGCUGAGCCUAGAGGAGUUCGUCGCCAAAGCCGCCGUGGCACCUCCCACGCGACGGACGAAACGUAGUGAGGUCAACGCGCAAACAAUCAAGCAGUUUGAACAAGAGCGAGACAAAUUCCAGGACCUACAUACGUCCAUCACCGGCUGCGAUGAUGUGUCCCAGUCGGUUGAGCUGUACCUGAAUGACUUCCAGACGGAACUGGGCGCAGUGUCAGCGGAAAUUGAAACCCUCCAAACACGGUCCACACAACUGAAUGCGAUGCUGGAAAAUCGACGAAAUGUGGAACGACUUCUAGGCCCAGCAGUGGAGGAGAUUAGCAUCUCUCCCAAGACGGUGCGCACGAUUGUCGAGGGCCCAAUGGACGAAAAUUGGGUGCGCGCAUUGAAUGAGAUAGACGCUCGCACGACUAGCAUUGAAACCAAGGCAUCAUCGUCGAGUGGGAUUAGGGCGGUUGAAGACGUCCGGCCUCUUUUGGUAGAUGUCAAGAAUAAGGCGAUUGAACGGAUUCGAGACUACCUGGUAUCGCAGAUCCGCGCAAUGCGGUCGCCAAACAUCAACUCCCAGAUCAUUCAACAACAACGGCUUGUGAAAUUCAAGGACCUUUACACUUAUCUUUCCAAGGCGCACCCCGCCCUUGCUGGGGAGAUCGCACAGGCCUACAUCAACACCAUGCGCUGGUAUUAUACGUCCAACUUCACACGUUACUUACAGGCCCUGGAGAAGAUCAAGGUAUACCCCAGCGAUCGAAACGAGGUUUUGGGAGGCGAUCCAUCAUCCCACCGAACUGGCAACAUCCUCCCCGGCGGCCGAGCUGGCUCUGCUGCUCAUGAUCCUUUCUCGUUGGGCCGACGCGUCGAUAUCCUUCGGAACACCCAUCAGCAGGCAUUGUCCUCCUACCUAGCGGAACAAGACAACGCUUAUCAUGGGAUCGAAGUGCCGUUCCGAAAUUUCAACGUCGCGUUGGUGGACAAUAUAUCCGCCGAGUAUUCAUUCCUCACAGAGUUUUUCUCUCCUUUUACAUUCCAUGAGAUUUCACGCAAAGUCGUGGAAAUUUUUCAGGCUGUCUUUACCUUGGGCCAAAAUUUCACCAAGAAGCUAAUUGACAACACUACGGACUCUUUGGGUGUUUUGAUUUGUGUGCGUCUCAAUCAACAUUCAGCUUUUGAGCUUCAGCGACGUAAAGUACCCGUCGCUGACUCGUACAUCAAUGGUAUCAAUAUGCACCUUUGGCCGCGCUUCCAGGUGAUCAUGGAUCUUCAUGGGGAAUCUCUCAAGCGAGCUGGUUCCAACACCGGACGCAGUGCCGUUUCCGCUCUUUCUCUCGCCGGUGGAGAUGAUCUCAAGCAGUCAUCGGCACCGCACUUCCUGACACAAAGGUUCGGACAGUUGUUGCACGGCAUCCUCGUGCUGAGUAGUGACGCCGGGGACGACGAGCCCGUGGCGAACAGUUUGGCGCGCCUGAGAAGUGAAUUUGAUACCCUCUUGGCAAAGCUCAGUCGAAACGGCACCGAUGCCAAACGCAGAGAGCGAUUCCUCUUUAACAAUUAUUCGUUGAUAUUGACCAUCAUUAGUGACACCAAAGGCAAACUAGCCACCGAACAGAGACAGCAUCUGGACGAGAUGUUGAAGAACUGCAACAAGCGUUAGCGAUCGCAUAGCGUCUGGGAAUAUGUAAAUUCUAAACCAAGGACUUUAUGAGCUUUAGAUAGUCUUCCACUUUGAACAUAAGCAUUUAAUCAACUUCGAGGAGAAUAAAAACUUCGGUCUGGUACCCAUCUGUACUGGCA